AUGUUGGACUAUAGUUUUUCAUAACAAUUUUCUAUAGUAUCUCAUUUAGGCAGCACGUAUUCGAUAUCAAAAAUGAUAAAGUUAAGAAAUGUAAAAACAUUUAAUAGAAUAAUUAGUUUUACUCAAAAUAAUGCGGUGCGGCCGGCAGUCUUGGUUUGUCAAAAAAAUACAGAUACCGCGCCUAAAACAUGGUAUAAUCACUUGCCCCACACUAUUCUCCAAAUACAUACAGGACAAAUAUUGCAGAAGCAUAGCAAAAAAUCUAGGCAACGGGACGAUGAAAGUGAUAGUGACGAUGAGAGUGGAGUAGAAUUUAAAGAUGAAAGAGAUUCCAAAGUGCUUAAGACAAGUGUCAAUUCAUUGAGAGCUGAUUUGGUAAUUAAAGCUGGAUUAGGAAUGGCUAGGAACAAAGUAGAGGCUAUUUUCUAUGAAAGUAAAGUACGUGUUAAUGGCAAAAAAGUGAACAAGAAAAGUGUACAACUUAAUGUGGGAGAUGAGAUUGACGUAGUACGUGGUUUCAGUCAAGCGAAUCCAACUCAUCUGGUGGUGUCUCGUGUUGUUGUGCUCGACGUUAGUGAGCGUGAGGAAGGCUUUGUCGUACAAUUGCGGCGUUAUAAAUCACUACUUAUAGAGAAUUACUCAGGUGCUAAUGCCUACAAGUCAUCAGAUGCUGUGCAGCACUGACGCAAUGUAAACUAAUUUAAAUUUCUAUUUAUUUUUUAUAAUAGGAGUAUUCAUCUAAAUGCGAAUAUGUCUCGUAAGCAAGUAAACCUCGUAAACUUACUUUUGUAUUCUAAACCGGGUCAUUUACGAGGUUUA